AUGAUGAUCGUCGCCAACCCCGCAUGUGCGGAGGAUAAAGUCAUCCCUAGCCGCUCCACUCUAGGCUGCCAGAUCAUUCGCUUGGCAGAUCUGGCCAAGAACAAGCUCAAGCAGGAGCUCCUUGCUGAGGGGUCAGGGGUUGUCGCCUUGACCCAUGACAUAUGGACCGGUGAGAACCACCGAUCCUACAUGGCUGUCACAGGCCAUUCCAUCUCGAAAGACUUCGAGCUGCGGCGAGUCACAUUAGAUUUCCGCGCACUUCCUGGCGACCAUACUAGCAAGAAGAUAGCCGAGGUGUUGGAGGACGUGGUGAAGGAGUGGGACGUUGGAGACCGGUGCAUUGCGAUGACGUCGGACAACGCCUCGUCCAACGUCGCCGCGAUGGAGUACUUAUGUCGCGGUGGGCCGAGUGACCACCAGCCUCCUUUGUUCUUCUCAGGGAUGCACGUGUGGUGCCUACCACACAUAUGCAACCAGGCUGUACAGCUAGCGUUGAAGAGGGUGCUUGAGAUAAAGGAGCCGAUGGGACUCCUUCGGGACCUCGCCUCCUUCAUUGGGUACUCACCCAAGCGGACGGCAUCCUUCGAGCAGGCCCAGAGGGACGAGAACGCCAAGGCAAAGCUGCUGCGUCUUCGCCAGGACAACGAAGUGCGCUGGGGCUCUACCUCUCUCAUGCUCGAGGGCGCUCUCCAUCUCAAGCACAUCAUCAUCAACUACAUUCAGCGCGCCGAUGUGGAGAUCAUGAAGGGGUGCAUCGAGGCCGCGAUGGGGAAGCUGCAGGAGCACUACUCCAACAGCAAGGAUGAGCUGUGGGUGGCAACGUUCCUGGACCCGAGCUUCAAGAUCGGCUACUUCCAGAUUGGGAAGGAAGGGUUGGGGGAGGAGGGGAGUGGCUCACAUGCUGCACAGCACGCGGCCGUCGCGCAGAUUCUAGAGUUGGUACGGGCGAAGGUGCGCCCAUACAAGGAGAAGGCGCUGGCGGCUCGGAGGAAGCGGGAUGGGACUGGUCGUGGUGGUGGGGCCGGCCGCGGAAGGGGGGAGACCGGAUCAGGAGGGGCCAGCAGCAGUGGCCGAGAGGUAGGAUUUGGGGGCAGCAGAUGCGGCAGCAGACCUGCCACUGAUGCCUUUGGUGGUGCUGUGGGGACAAGCUGA